UCUCUUGAAGUUCGACCGUCGACGAGCACGAAACCGCCGAACGUGCCACCCCAUUUUAUGCCGUAGAAUGGAUGCUUCAUCAGCCCAAUGUACUUGUUACCAAAACCGAAUCUCUCCGGAGAACGCAGCAAAUUCUCAACUCGACUUUUCCGAUAGCCAUCUUUCAGGCUGACAAACGUUAUAUCUGAGAAAUGAUACUAGACCAUUGCUUUAUCAGCCCCACGACAGGUGCAGUUCUCACACAGCAUCAGCAUUACUAAUACUGUUGAGGACGUAGGGCACAGUAUGGUGAGGACGCUCGAGAGAGGAAUUGCUUAAAUACGACGCACCUUACCGGUGCUUCUUCCGGUUUUGGACGGGAAAUGACAGAGCUUGUCCUUAACAAGGGAGAGAUUGCGGUAGCGACUGCGAGGAAGCCUGAAACUCUGAAUGACCUCAAGGCCAAAUAUCCGCCAAGCCAGCUCCUGGUCCUCAGGCUCGACGCCAACAAAGUCCAGGAAAUCAAGGAUGUAUUUGCAAAAAUCAAGGGAACAUUUGGAAGGCUCGACGUUGUCUUUAACAAUGCAGGCUGGGCCUUUCAAGGAGAGGUUGAAGCCGCCCCCGAAGACAUUUCUCGCGUAAUGUUUGACACCAACUUUUGGGGAGCUUCGAACGUCAGCUUGGAGUCCGUGAAGUUCUUCAGGGAGGUGAACAGGCCGGUCGGAGGAAGACUGAUCGUUAAUUCAUCGCAAGGUGGCAUUUAUGCUUACCCGGGCAUGGGAUUCUAUUCCGCCUCAAAGCAUGCUCUAGAAGGCGUGACCUCGGCGCUCGCACAGGAGCUCGAUCCAGAAUGGAACAUCAAGAUUACCCUUCUGGAACUUGGGCUUUUCCGCACCAAAGUCAUCGAUAAGCUAUCCGAGUUGACAUUCACGCAUCCUGCAUACACGAAAGCAACCCUUCCUAGCGUUGCCACGGUUGCCUACUUCAAUGAUGGCACGCCAAAAGGGGCCGAUACAUCGAAAGCAGUGCAGAGGAUUUACGAUUUGGCUGCAGAGCCUGAACCCUCUCUUAGAUUUCCCAUUGGCAAGGACGCUCUUGAAUCAGUGAGAGGAGAAGCUAAGAGAAUUUUGGAAGAUGCUGCCAAGUACGAGUCAUGGUCAGAGGGCUUAGAAUUUGAUACGUAGAUAUUAGAAGGACGAGUUACAACAAUUUGGUUAAGGCGUACUAGUUUCUCAGGAUACGAUGUACCACUGACACGCCAUUCAAAAAACCGGAUUGCUUCAUCAUCAAUGCGUAUGGUAAUGAUGGAUACUUACCCUGUGAAACGAGAGGUGUCAUCACCAUAUCUUGAUCUGCU